UACUUAAUCAAAGGGAGGGCUGAAGAGUGAUGCUGCUGUGGUUUUACAUGUCCUAUAAAAACGUCUGUAUAGCCUUCAGUUAACACUGUGACGGACACCUGCACAGGAUUAAGCAACUGUCAGUAUGAAUCUUGUCCUCUGGGUCCCCCUUCUGGCUGUGCUCUUUCAGCCUGCUUGGUGCGUCUACAACUGCUCCUCUGUGUAUAACAGGACUCCAGACAAUUCAGAUCUGGCGGUAAGAUGCGGCACCAGCAUGAUAACCAUCUAGGUCAACCUGUGCACGGCCCAGUGGGCAGGCUUCAACUCCUCCACGCUGGCUCUCAAUGGGAAUCACAACAAAGCUGCAUGUUUGGGCUCCAUGGAUGAUAGCGUAGACCCUCCUGUCAUCCGUUACUAUCUUCCUGUGAACAAUAGUGAGGACAACUCCUGCCGCCAGUCUCUGCAGAUUGUGGAUGAAGCCCCAGAUCCUACAGGUCCCUUCAGUGGUUUCUCUAGUAUCCAGUCAGUAAUCAUCACAUCAUACAUCGACACCUCAAAUACGGAUGUAGGGAUCAUCAGCUACUCCACAGAUUUAUAUUACCACUUCUCCUGCCGUUACCCUCUGGAGUAUUUAAUAAACAACACACAGAUUGUAGCCUCCUCGGUCUCUGUGGCGACCACCCAUAAUAAUGGAAGCUUUAUUGAUACUCUUAAAAUGGACGUUUUUAAUGACACAGACUACAGGUAUCCACUGGUUGUUCCAUCAACGGGGCUUCAGCUGCGAACCAAAGUCUAUGUGGAAGUAAAGGCUGUUAAUCUCACAGGAAAUUUCCACAUCCUUCUGGAUCACUGCUUUGCGACUCCCGGUCCUUACACGACUCAGAAUGAGCAGCACAACUUCUUUACCGGCUGUAAUGUAGCAGAAAAGUCAGUUGUGACAAGUAACGGCCUUUCCAAAGUGGCCCGGUUCAACUUUGAGGCCUUCCGCUUUGUUCAGCACAAAGACCAGCAGAAGUCCAGCAUUUACCUGCAUUGCAUACUGAGACUAUGUGAGCCCAGCAAAUGUCAACAGCUGCUCUCUGGCUGUAACAACAGAAGAAAAAGAUCCUUGACUGCCUAUGGAGAAGAAAGCAGCAACUCUGCCACCGUCUCAGUCGGACCCCUGUUCACGGGCCGGAAAGAGAUGCCUGAUGUAGCUGGCUCCACAGGUCACACUGUGGCAUCAGCGAGUGCUGGUGUGGAUGCAAGUAGCCUGGUGUGGCUCAUGCUUGGAUCAGCUGCUGCCCUGCUGCCUGAUAUGAUGAAGUAUUAUUAAUCUGGAGGAAUAACUCCCACACCAUAAAUCUGACUGACCGAUCAAACAGCUUGUAUAUUAUUUGCUGCUCAUUUUUUAAUCAGACUGUAACUCAAGGCUUAUGUCAAAGGGUUGCUUUUUGGCUGCAAUUUAGUAAUGUAGCAUCUGUAGUAUGUUUUAUUUGUGCACAACUCUGGAUGCCCUUUAACUAAGAAGAUAUAGAAAAGCUGAACUGUGAAAAACAAAUAUUAAGAAUGUGAAGUGUUAGAGAACAGAACUAGCACAUAUAUAUUUUUUUUAUAAUGCUUGUAAAAUUUCCUGCUACCUUUCUUUUCUAAAGUGGUUUACAAAAUCCUGUCGAAAAUACUUUAUACUCUUUUAUUACCGUGUAUAUAUUAUGUAGAUGAAAAUGAAAUAAAAUAUUUU